CACAAGGCCUUUCUUCUGAGGCACCUCUGGGUGGGUUCAAAGCAAUAACCUUUCAGUUAGUAGUCGAACCACUUAACGUUUUGUGACACCCAGGGACUCCUUUACAUCAUUUAAGGUCUAUCAAUUUUCACUUCAAAUAUGUGUGAGAUUCAUGUUAUUUAAAUGUUUACUGAGUGUCUGUUAGGUGCUAGAAGGAUAUUAAGCUGUAGAUGGGAAGCUACCAAGAUGAAUAAGGCAUAGUUGCUGUCCUCAAGAAGAAUAGUCUUGAGAAAAGAAAGACAUAAUCCUAAUAUAACACGAUUAAAGACAGUAUAAGAGAAAAAAAAAAAAAAAAAAGCCACGCAGUUUAAGACUUUUACUAAGUUGACUCAUUUUCAAAACUGACCCCCUCAUUUUCCUUUACCUUCCUCUGAACUAGUCUGAAAUAAUUUUUAUUUACUCCAUUUUCUUCAGCUAUAGCAGGGAGUCUGUAUCUAUAAAAACUAAUAAUUACCACCCACUACAACAAAGGUAGGAGUCAUCUGUUCUGUUUCACUGCUAUAUUGCCAGUGCAUAACAGAAAGUGGUACAGCUCCCUAAUGUCCGAUACAGGGUGGCUCAUUCUUAUCCUUCAGCUCUUAGUUGUGAUGUCAUCUAUUCAGAAAGCCUUUCUCUAGGCACUCAAUCUAAAUUUUCUCUGCCCCUGUCACCCAUUAUUCUCUAGCAUGUCUAUUUCCUUCAAAGACCCAACUACCUUUGUAGUGAAUGCUGUGAUGUGCUACCCCGAUUCACCUUAAAAACGAAGGACUCAUUUCCCCAGCUGCUAGGAGUAUUGAGACAGCCCUCAGCUGUCAGCUCCCUCGAGGACUGCCUUGAAGACAGGUGAAAUUAUACACUCUUUCUGGGGCAAUGGGUAUAAAGGUUUGUCUCUCACUCCAAGCUGGGACAACUCUGAAGGGCCAUCCCAGCUCCAGGGGUUGGCAGAUGACUUCUUGAGUCUGCACCGCAGCUCAGCUUUUCUGUGUGACCAAUCCUGCUUCCUUCUUUCCUCUCCCUUCCACAGGUGAUCCAAAAAAGUCCUCCCUAAUAAAUGUCCUAAGAAGCCUUGGUGGUGCAGGGGUUAAAGCUCUCUGCUGUUAACCUAAAGGUAAUUGGUUCGAACCCACCAGCUGUCCCACGGGAGAAAGAUGUGGUGGUCUGCUUCCAAAAAGAUUUAUAGCCUUAGAAACUCUAUGGGGCAGUGCUAUUCAGUCCUAUAGGGUCACUAUGAGUCGGAAUUGACUCGGUAGCAAUGGGUAAUAAAUGUCCUGCACACAAAUCUCUUCAGUCUGCUUCCCAGAAAGCCAAACCUGGGACAAUCUGGAAAACAUUUUAUUCAUUUAUCAGUUUACUCAUUUAUUGUUUCUUCUCCCAUCACUAGAAUAUAAGCUCCAUGAGGUCAGGGACCAUACCUGUCUUGUUCACUGCUGUAUCUGCUAACUUAGCACAGAUAAUUAGAUAGAUAAACUAACGAAGUUAAUGAAUGGAUGGAUGAAACUGCGGGUAUUGACAGCAGAUGUGAAAUAAAAGAUCGCCCCCUACAGCAACAGAAGGUGGAAUGGCUCCAUCUGGGAGGAGGAUGAACACGACCCCAAGAGGUCUCCUCAAUCUCAAAAAAAUUAUCAUCCCCUAAAGUCGAAAGCCCUGUGAGUCUCGUUUCUGCUUUCACAAAGUUGGCAUUAUCAUGUUGUACAACCUUCUGGCGGCCAGCUCCAUGUCAGGGGGUGGCCCCCGCCGCCUAGCCUGCCUCGGGUAUACCGUGCACCCUCCCCGAAACAAGUAUACAGCGUGCCCUCCCAGUAAAGGAGGGAGUGACUGGAGCGCUGACGAGUCACAGGAUUCAGCUAGAAGGUGGUAGCGCAAGUGCAAUCAGUGCUUUGAUUGGGACGCCUUUCCAUCUACUUCACCGGGUUUCGGUGCGGAUACAACACCUCCUCGCCAUCCACAUCCGUUUCAUCAACUAGAAUUUACUACACAGCGCCAUUUUAAAGGUUUGUAAUUACUCUGGAAUCAGUAAGCCAUGGCAACUAAGAAAUUUGCUGUUAGAUGUGGGAACUUUGCUGUCCUGGUGGAUCUUCAUGUGUCACCUCAAGGUUCAAACAGAGAUACCAGCUGGUUUUCUGAAGAGAAGAAAGAGGAGGUCUGUUUACUUCUGAAAGAAGCCAUUGAUUCAAGAGUUAAGGAGUACUUAGAAGUUCGUAAACAGCACAGGCCGUCAAAUGCAGAAUUCACAAGAUCCAGUCCCUUGUCCUUAAAAGGGUAUGGCUUUCAAAUCACAGCCUACUUUCUCAAGAGAGGAAUACACCUUCGCUGCAUCAGGAGCUCACCGAGAGCUGAACUCUGCGUGUUCCCUGACAGAUUUGUGGUCUGUGUAAGUCAGCUCACAUUUAAUUGUGAUCUUUUGGCAAGUCAGAAUGAAGAAUUGACAGAAAGGCCUCUCCUCAGAGUGUCUGAUUAUUUUGCUGAGUAUGCACAGUCACUUCCUCCCAGUGCGAAGCUCAGGAGAAAUGCUCUCAAGAAAUGUAGAUCCAGCGUCUUGAAAAGAGCUGUAACAAAAAGCAGCAUCAUGAGCUAAUCACAGACCAUCAGGGACAUUGUGGGAAUAUCUAGUGAUUCAGAGAUUGCAGAGAGAGCAAGGAGGAGGGGUCGUGGCCAAGCUUCAUCCAGUCCCCUGUUGGAAUCCAUGGGACCGGCAAAGGAUUACAUAAAGGCCGCUGGGAGCCACUGGGGGCUUCCUGUUCAAAAGCUGGAAAGUGCUCAUCAGACCCAGCCUGACACUAGCAGCCAGCAAAAACCUCAUCGUGGGGAGCGGUUAAAGACAGAGCUUCUAAGCGGGAGCCCUGUCGGUCGCUGUGAGUCAGCAUAACCAGGUCCAAAACAAAGUCCACGAGUGGCCACAGCCCAGCAGAGACACAGGAACCGCAGCUCUGCAGAAGACUUCGACCAUCACAAGAGAGUUUCUCUUGGAAGUGAUCGGUUAGUCCCAAGAGAAAUAAUAGUGGAAAAAGCAAAAAGCAAGGCUGCCAGGGUUUUGCCCACGUUAGAGUUAUCAGAUCCGGGGUUACUUUUGAAACAAGAUUUGGCAAAAGCCACGUCUAAUGAAGAGUUGCAUGUUUUGGAAAAUCUCUCCUCCAGACAUCUUAUGAAAAAUAACCACAACACUGAAAGAUUGCCUCCAAUGCGUAUAUCCCCUCACUUAGAUGUGGACUGCAGACAUUCAGGGCAGCCCGGCCAAAAAAAGAAAAAAAUACUAAAGAGGUCACUAACACGAAAGAGGAUUGUGAAGUCAUAGGUGAGGUUGUAAUGGCCAGCCCUGGGA